CAAUGUUACUACGUCUUGUUGCCUUGGUAACCAUGAACGCUACACUGUAUCGGUAUGUGGUUAGCUUUAUACAUUGAAACAUUACUAGUGCAGAAAAGGAAGCCUAUUUCAUUGAUAACGUAGGACCAAAACCUGAACUGGGAUAAAUCGUCGAAUUUUGCUAUUAGUCUCUCAACUUUUAGAUAUAACAAUAUGGCAACGAAUGUUAGAAUUAAUCCCCCGGUUGUUGAGUUUACCGACGUAAAAGCAGGGAAGGUUUACAAGACCACUGUCACGGUGACCAACACUGGAAUUACCUCGAAAAGAAUGAGACUGCUUGAACCCACAUCAAAGCUGUUUAAAUUCAGGGUGACAAACACAGAAACCCCCAUUGCUGCUGGAUUGUCCCUGAGUGGCACUCUAGAGUUCAGGCCUGAGAAAGAUGAGGAUGUCUGUGACCGUCUGCUCCUUGUCCUGGAAGACAAAGCCAUGGAGAUCCCCCUCUUAGCGUUCUCCCCGGUAUGUUCUCUCACCAUGGAAUCUCUCGCUGAUUUCGGCUCUGUGAUGGCAAACAGUCAGGUGAUCAGCAAAGAGGUGGAAUUGACCAAUCAGGGAUCUGCUCCAGGAGCUUUUCAGGUGCUGUAUGAUGGAGACCAGUCCAUCAGGCUCUCUCCCAGCAGUGGCGUCCUGCAGCCUGGCGCAACCCAGUGGCUGAAGGUGGAACUCUGCACUGACAGACCCACGAGGGUCAGAGAGGAGGCCCGGGUGAAGCUGCAGAACAGUAAGGACGUGGUCCUGAAGAUCAGGGCUGAUGUUUUGGACCAGAGCCUGGAGCUCCAGAACCUAGAGGGGGAGAGAUUGUCCUGCCUCCGCUUCGGACACGUCUUCUUUGGAACUUCCCGGGUAGAAAAGGUGGUUCUGGUGAACAAUGGACCACAGGCCUGCGACUGGAUGGUGGUGCUGCAGGACGAUGCUUCAGGGACAGAAGUGGGCUUUGACCUCCAGAGGAGUACAGACGCAGCGCUGAUAGAGAGGAGUGUUCGUAACAGGAGCACCCCUGUGGAUCCCUCCACUGUGAUCGCCUGUGUGCCCAACGAGGGACGACUGAGACCCUACGACAAAACCACUCUGUGGGUCUGCUUCCAUCCUGUCAGCAGAAGGAGGAGCAGGGAGGAGCAGAAGACCAGUGGGGCCUCAGCAGCAGCCAGUAAACAAGACUACUCCCUCUUCCUCAAGUUUCAGACGGUGGGAAGUAAAGACAGCUUCAUCCACCAGCAGCACUCCACUGUACUUCCCCACAAUGGUUACUGUGUGGAGCUGGCGGUGACUGGCUCAGCCCUCCCUGUCUCCCUGGUCCCCAGCCCCGGCAACAGCUUCAGCUUCCAGCAGUGCCUGAUGGGAGAGCGUGUGGACGUCCUGUGUGUGCUCCACAACCUCUCCCCUCUACUCUCUGUCACCUUCAAGUUCCGAAAGAUGGCCAACUUCAUCAGUGACCCUGCUAGUGGGACCAUCUCCCCAGGGCAAAGCCAGGACGUGGUGCUGUCCUUCGCCCCCCACCAGAUGGGGAAGUUCAAGGUGAAACAGGUGCUGGAGGUGCUGGGUCAGGUCGUACACCUGGAGCCCUCCUCCAUCAAGCUCCGCCUCCGCAGCUUCCACACCAUCACCCUGCACCUGUCAGCCGUUUGCCGGGCGCAGACCGCAGGCGUCACACCCAAACUCAACCCUGGAAUCACCCCGGGUGUGACCAAUGAGACAGGCCAGUAUGCCCGGGUGCCCUCCAGUGAGCUGGGCAUGUGUGUGGGAUUGGUGCGGGCAGCUGUCCUCAGCACGGCCAAGACCCGGCUCCACAGCCACGGUCAGAGGCAGAGCCACCGUAGGAACGAGAGUCUAGACGGUAGCCAGCGGGAGCUACUGGCCUUCCCCAACGACAGGGCCUGCAGCAUCCGCCCUGCCUCUCCAGACACCACCUACAGGACCAUCUUCACGGGGGUGGAGCGUUACCGCUACGUGGACCCUGACUUUUCCUUCACGGAGGAGGAGGAGCAGCAGAGACAGAGACACAGAGAUCACUACCUAGCCUUCAUCAGGAGCCUGCGAAAGACACGCUUGCAGAAAACCACUGCGAGGCUGCAUGGUGAGGUGGAGGAUGACAUAGACAUUGGGCUCCGGCCUGCCGCUGGACUCCUCACCCCCCAGCUCUCUCUGAGGGACCUGGAGUCCAAUCACAGCCAGGAGGGGCGGAGCGUCGACCAGGGACAUAGCCAGCUAUUGACCACCUGUAUGCUGGCUGCCAUGGAGACCAGGUCCAGAUUCAGACAGGUAUGGCAGGUGACAGAGGGCAUCAAUGCACUACCCUCCACCAACCAGGAGGUGGCAGACUGCAGCCGCACCCUGACAGUUCAGCAGCUCCACCAAGUUGUCAUAGGCCCGUCCUCAAUAGAUUUUGGUGAGGUGUGUGUGGCCUCAGUGUGUGUGAGGAACCUGGACCUGGUGAACAACCUGCAGGUGUAUGUGUGGGUGCAGCUGGAGUUAGACUGCUGUCCUGAGCUGCAGCGCUCCAGCCCCCUGUCCCACGUCCUGCCCCCCCUUUCCAGGGCCACCCUGCCCCUCGUCUUAGAGAGCACCAAGCUGGGAAAGUUCCACAAGUCAAUCUCCUACACGGUGAACAGUCAUCACCGGAGCCAUGUCCUGGUUCAGUCCCAGCUGGUCCCUGUGGUCCUCCAGCUGUCCCAGAGCCAGGUGGUUCUGUCCCCUUCCCCCAGCUACCUGGCCCAGUCGGGCUACAGGGGUACUGUGACCCUGGUCAACCCCAGGAACCACCAGGCUGACUUCACCUGGAGACCCAUCAUCACAGAGACGGGCAUGGCCUUCUCCAUACGCCCAGCCACAGGUACUGUGGAGGCGUACAGGGAGUUAGACUGUGAGGUGAUGUGGCAUCCCUCUUUCUGCUCUCCUCUGGAGGGACAGUUUGACCUGUGUGUUCACCAGGGAAACACUGCACAGCUACGAUGUGUGGCCAAGCUUGGUUCAUCCAGUGUGCAGCUGGCUGAGAAACAUCUGGUGUUUGGAUCAGUACCUCUCAUCUUCUCCUCCGUCAGGACCGCAACGCUACACAACACAGGACACAACCAUGCCUACUUCCAGGUUUUGGACGUGUACCCCCUGCCUGGCAUGGUGGUGACCCCCACCGAGGGUGUGGUUCCUGUGGGGGGGCAGGCAGAAGUCCAGGUGCACCUCAACCCCGGAGCUGUCAUGAAGUUUGACACCAGAGUGGAGAUAGCUCUAAGGAACAUGAAAUCUCUGGAGCUGAGAGUGGGCGGGUCGGUCGAGCCCCCACUGGUGGACAUCAACGUGAAAUCCUUCCUGUUCCACGGGGUGUAUUCUGGUUCCAGUCAUGGCGUUCCGUUCUCCCUGAGGAACCGUUCCUCUGCCCUGGCCCGGGUCCAGUUUGACCUGUCAGAACACACUGACUUCACCAUCCACUUCCCUCCACACUCUGCAGGUACGAGCCAGGAGCCAGACGUGUUUGUGAUGGAUUUACAGGGGCAGCAGACUGCCCAGUGUUGCCUGGUGUUCUCCCCUAAACAAGUGGCAGCGUAUGACUUCAACCUGCCUGUGACGGUCAACGGUGUGGGCAUGCCUCCCUCCUCCUCUUCAUCCUCCCCCGCCCCUCCCAGCUUCGUCCCCAAGUCCUCCUCUUCCAGGGACCAACACAUCGUCACCCCGCGCCCCCUGCCCAUCGCCAUGGAGACGCUGUCACGCAGGGUGCAGGCCACAGCCCUGCGAGCCCCGCUGGAGAUGUCCCCAUCAAGUCUCCAGUUUGAUCUGGAGCCCUUUAGCCCAGUUACUACUACCUCACAAACUCAGACCGUAGAGCUGAGGAACGUGUCUGACAAGAGGGUGAGCUGGAGGACUGACUGCAGCGCUGCAGUAACACCAGGAGGGGGCAGUAGCACCAGCAGCAGUGAGGGGCUGUUCACUAUCUGUCCUACCGCUGGGACCCUGGAGCCACUGCAGUGUGUGUCUGUCACUGUCUCCCUCUGUCCUGAGAGAGUCACACCAGGGACAGCAGGUCCGAUCGAGGUGUCCCUCCCCCUGUUUCUGUCUGAGGAGGGGCAGGAGGGGGGAGUCCCUCACCCCUACAGGGUGCUGUCUCUCAGCGCCACCCCUCACCCCCCCAGCAUCACCUUCCUCCCCCCUCGAGUCCUCUUCACCCCUGUCCCUCUGGACACACCCUCCACCACCACCCUCUUCCUGCUCCCUACCGGGUACCCCAGUGGUUCCUGUCUGCGUGUGGAGGUGGAGGAGAUGGUUCUGAAGGAUGGCAGUCGGGUGAAGCCCCUCUCAGUCAGCCUGCCCCACAACGGCACCGUCCCUCCCCAGCCCCAGCCCCAGACCCACACAGAGCCCCAGACCCACACAGAGCCCCAGACCCACACAGAGCCCCAGACCCACACAGAGCCCCAGACCCCCAUCACCUGCACAGUGACCUUCUGCUCCCCUCAGCCCCUGGGCCUCAACUCACACAUCACAUUCCUGGACCACCUCAACAACAGGUUCAGGGUGGAGGUCUGUGCUACAGCAGAUAACAGUUUGUUGACAGUGUGGCCCUACCUGGCUUUGCACCGCUCUGAGCAGCAGAUAGUCCUCAAGAGUGGUUGUCUGAGCGGCUGCAGCGGCGAAUCAGGGCCCUCUCAGAUGACAGGGAAGGCGGUGCUUCAGCCAUGCUACUCUCCCAGCCCUCUCUCUCACAACACUUCCUCCUCCUCCACCUUCGCUUUCCUCUCCUCCACCAGUAAUCACUCCAUCUCUGACUCUGGAGACAGCAGGAGUAGGACUGGGAGUGCUGGUCCAGGGCCUGGAGGGAAGGAGGACUGGUCCCAGAAGGAGACAGAGAGAGAGACGGAUGGUGUGUCUGACCAGCAGCAGGGGAUACCAGUGUUUCCAGGGCAGGACUCAGAGGAGGGGUUGUACUACCACAGCAUCCUGCAGGCCGUACAGAAGUGGUUCAGUCAGUUUGGCUGGCCCCGUGGACCAAACCCCAUCUCUCUACCACACUCUCUCAGAAGGGUGGUAUGUAGGGUCCAGACAGUAGACUCCAGCUCUAGUGAGGGGAGGAACUCCUACCUUAUGAGUCAUGGUAAAGACACACGGACCAUCUACGACAUGCUGCGUCACCUGAGUGGACAGACACUUCCUGGUGUGAGCACCAACCAAUCACUGCCCUGCAACCUUACUGAGCGCGUGCAGCAGCUGCUCCACUGGAACACAGUGCUGCUGGCCUUCCUCAGGAGGCAGGGAGCCUGUCUGUCCCACAUCAGACCUGAGUACCUGUUAGACUCCCAGGAGUUCAGCCACUGGAGCUCUCUACAGGCCCAGUGUGAUCAGAGGGGGCUGGACUACAGCAGCAAGGUCUUUGAAUCCCUCAGUAAAAGGGCCUGGAUGGAUGUUCUACUGCAGACCUACAAGGUGCUAGUCCUGCCACGGGUGACAGAGGGUCCCUUGUCCCUGGGCCUCCAGAGCUGUGACAGUGGCAGCAUGGAGCAGCAGGUCCCCAGGAUCAACCCAAAGCCCCUGGCCUCUAACGUCUACUCCACCUGGGAGAGGAGGCUACUCACCUGGCUCAACCUGCACUACCACAGCAUGAGGACUACAGUCUGGAGCACACUCACCUCUGGAGGAGACGUCCCAUCAGCCCGCUGGGUGGUGAACUUUGACCUGGACCUGGCAGACGGCCUGGUUCUGGCUGCUGUGCUGGCUGCCUACUGCCCCUUCCUGAUCCCCAGUCAUCUCCAGAGGAUGUACACCAGCACCAGCCGUCUGGAACAGAACCUCCACAACAGUAUCAUCCUCAGCCAAGCCUUCACAGUGCUCUGCCUGGACAUAGACAUCCAGCCCACAGAGUUGUCAGACUCUAACCCUGUUCUGAUGCUGAUGCUGUGUGUUUACCUGUAUGAGACGCUGCCCCAGUACCUUCCCAGGAGAACCAUCACUCUGUCUGGCAGCCUGCACCACACCUUCACCAAGCAGGUGCGUCUGAAGAGCCCGUCCUCCAGAACGAUGUUCUACCAUGCCUCCAUCGUAGGGAACGAGGCCCAUCAUUUCUCCUUGCCCCAAGGAGCUUCCAUCACCAUCCCUCCUAAGGGGCGUGGUGUGGAGGUGACCGUGCAGUACUCCUGUUCCUUCCUGAGGCCCAUGGAGGCGGUGCUACUGCUGACAUCACGCUCUGCCUCCUCAGCCAGCCCCUCUGGAGCCACCCUGGCCUUCAGCCUCAAGACCCAGGUCACACACAUCACCCCCAGCGGGACAGUGAAGUGUAAAUCUCCAUGUUACCAGCUGAAGGAGCUCCAACUUAAAGUAAAAAACCCUUUCAGCAAGGAUGCCACGUUCAGGGUGGUGUUGGUGGAGUCUAAAGCCAACCUGCUGCAGAAGAGUCAGGACAGUCAGGAGAACCUCAUUCAACAGUUCUCCUUCAGGACCAACCCCAGCUCAGACAACAACACCAGUGUUUCUACAGAUGGGUUGAAUGGUGGAACUGACUGUGGCGAGUGGGAGGACAGUGACCUCCACUGUGAUCCUGCUGAUGACUGUGCUGUGACUGAGUUCUUCAGUCCUGUCAGGAGUGUGAGUCUGGCAGCUGGACAGACAAAAACCAUAGAGCUCCACUACCUGCCCUUCCACCUGGGGAAAAGACACUGCUCUGUCCUGCUAGUCAGCCAGCAGGUUGGUGAGCAGGUGUAUCUAGUGGAGGGGACAGCAGAUCUUCCCCUGCCCUCCCCUCUGACCACAAAGCCCAGUUCUAAUGUAGUCCAUGUUAGCAGCGCCACCUCUGAUGGUGCUGAUCCCAGGCCUGUGGUGAACCUGCGUUGCGGCGUGGGCAGCACCCUGGAUGAGGUGGUGUGUGUCCCCCUGGUUAACGGGCUGUGGGAGCGGGCGCUGGCCACCGUGGGGCAGCAGAGGAUGAGCCCUGUAGAGAAGAGGAGGCGCAGCCUCACACACACUCUGGACAGCAGCACCGUCCGGGCCGGGGUGGCGGCCGCUGCACUCACCACCUCACAGGCCCUCCUGGUCCCUGGUCCGGUCCAGUCCCAGGUGGUAGAGUACAGUGUGGAGGUUUCUCUACCAGAACACUUCCUCCUGCCUCAUACCAUCACUCUGCCUGUGGCCCGGGACGCACGGGUCACACAGGACAACCUCACAGACUCUGAGGUGGUGAUGGUACCACUGAGGUUCCAUGCCCAUGUGGCUGGUCGGUUCCGGUGCCAGCUGGUUCUGCAGUCGUGGCGUGACAUCAGAGUCCACCUGCUGGACGUCGUGGUUACCGCAGAGGGAGACCACGCCCAGCUGGAGUUCACCACGCCCGCUCACCUGUCUGUCACUCAGGACAUCCCUCUGAUCAAUGAGAGCAGCCAGGACUGGCAUCUGCGAGGCUUGGUUAGUGGCUGUGGCUUCUACGGCCCUCCUGUGGUGUACAUACGGGCCGGGGAGAAGAUCUGUUACCCCCUUACCUUUAGACCCACCACACAGAGCAUCGUCACGGGCAGGCUGUCCUUGCUGAAUGACACAGAUGGGACGGAGCACAGCUUCACCCUGAGAGGGGUGGGGGAGCGGUCCCUACGCCUGGACCACGUGGUGCUACACUGCUCUGUCAGACAGGUCACACACAGCACCCUGCAGGUCCCCAACUACAGCCAGCACCCCCUCACCUGUCAGGUGGUAUCAGACCUCUCCAUCGUCAGUGGACCGCCCACCUUAGACAUCACACCAGGUGACACCGUCCCCUACACCGUGUCUGUGUCACCAUGGAAACGAGGGAAACAUACAGGGUCCAUGUCGUUCCUAGCCGUGGAGAGUGAGACAGGAACAGGGAAUGAGUCCAGGCCAUAUGAGGUGUGGUUCUCUAUAGAGGUCAUAUGUGACCCUGCUCCUCCCCUGAAGGUGCUGGCUGUGCACUGUGCUGUUCAGAGCUCUGUUGCCGUGGAGAUCCCUCUUAGUAACCCGGAGGCGGAGCCGCUUGACCUGUGUGUGUGUCUGGAGGGAGAGGACCUGAGUGGAGACACCCGGGUGUGUGUCCCUCCCCAGAGCAGUCUCAACUACACAGUCACCUUCUCUCCUGCUAUAGUAGGGAAGAGAACAGACAGUGUGGUCUUCCAGUCGGAGCUGGUGGGAGAGUUCUGGUACCAGCUGGACCUGCUGGCCCAACCUCCUGUCCUCACCACCUUACCACAGAGCAGCUGUGAACUGGGAAAGUGGACCAGGCUGUACAUCCCACUGGUCAACCCCACAGAUGAGACACUGGAGCUGGGCAUGGUCAACAGCAACCCCCGCAACUUCACCCUGGAGCUGGACACCAGCAGACCGCUCAUCAUAGCACCACACUCGUCCACCCAGGUUCCUGUCCGUUUCAGCCCAUCAACCAUCGGAGCUGGAAACCACACAGCCACGAUCUCCUUCACCUGUUCUCAGUUGAAGCACUGGAGCUUCCAGCUGUGUGGUGAAGGCCUGACCCCUGGGAGGAUGGAGCCUCUGUCUGUAGCCUCCCCUGUGGGAUCUCACUCCUCCAUCAUCCUCCCCUUCAGGAACCCUACUGAACACCCAGCCCUGCUGCACCUCAGACUCACAGACGAGGAGCCCGGUCAGAAGAGAUCAAGCCAGUCCUUCAUAUGUGACAGGAAGGUGUUCUGCAUCCCCCUCAAACAGACACAAGGUGUGCGUGUGUCUGCGGGGGCCAGUGUGGACAUCCCUGUGGUGUUUGCCCCUGACUCCAUGCAACUGCACCAGGCCUGGCUCCUGGUUCAGCUAGAGCCCCUCUUCAACCUCCCCCGUCUGGACUCACCACUCACCACGACCCAGAGGGACAAGUGUGUGGAGGUAGAGAAGGGCCGGGUGCGUUUGGUCCGCUGGGUCUACCCCAUCCAUGGCAUCCCCGAGGCCCCUCCUCAACCCUCUCAUCCAGCGGUGAUAGAAUGUGAGGCUCGCGGUCGAGUGGAGGAGAGAGUGGAGGUGCUGUUGACGGGAUGUGUUCCUGGCUCCUCCGUCAGCAACACAGACACACCUCUCAGCAGCGCCCCCUCCUCAGGAACCUCAGCAGCAGGCUUCAGACUGGCUCUAGAAGACUUCCUAUGUGAGGUGUGUUAUAACAGUGAUGCUGAGCGGUCGCAGCUGGAGGGCUGUGUAACCCUGUCUCUACUGAACUGUCACAGAGACCUCCACUCUGGCAUCGUCUCUCUCACCGUCAACCUCAUCUUCACCCCUUACAAACCUCUCAGAUGUUCAGCUGUGCUGGCGGUUCAGUGUUUAACAGGUGGGCUCUGGAAGUUUCCCAUCAGCCUCAUCUCCACCGAGCCGCAGGUUGAUGAUGUCAUCACCAUUAACGCUGCAGGGCUACACAAGACCUCUGCUGUGGGCUUCAGACUGACCAGCCAGACCAGGUACCCAGAGCCGUUCACAGCAGGGUUCCUGCCAGGUGGGGGCAGUGAAUUCCAGGUGUGUCCCUCCUCAGGUGAGCUCCUCCCAGUGGGGUCAGCCGGUACCCUCCUCACCGUCUCCUUCACCCCCUCCAUGUACAGCAAGAGACACCACGCUACGCUGCUGGUCCAGACAGCAGACAUGCAGUGGACGUACGAAGUGAAAGGAAUCACGCCUGCUUACACCCCACCCCGCUCUGCCUCCUCCAAUGGGAACACCUCUUCCAGAGAACUCCCUCCCACUGAUGUCUGCCAGAGGAACUUUGUGUCCCGGAACCUUCGUCUCCCAGCCAUGGCUAACUCCUCCCCCAUCAAACACAGAGCCUCCGCCUCGCAGAACAGAUAGAGAGAUCAUUCUCACAGUACACACACACGCACACACACACACACACACACACACACCCCAUUCCUGUGUCAUUAAAAUGAUCAUGCAGGAGGUUUGAAUAAUUAAAGUGCCUGUACUUCACCUCAUUGUCAUCAUUAGAUUUCUGUUAACCUCUGACCAUAUGGACAUUCUGUUCUGCACUUGACAUGACUUUGGAAAUGUUCUCAAAUGAGAGGUGUGUGUUCAUAUGCAUGUGGGGUGAAAUCCCUCUUGUCAUCCAGGUCAGUGAACCAGGGGUCUUUCUCUCACCCUGAACUCCAAGACCGGAUUAUCUCCCCUCUCAUUUCUUAGCCUGUCAUUUAGUCUUAACCGGAUGAAAUAACAAACUCUGGUUUAGAGAGAGAGAGCGACAUUAUCUCAUUUAUUUAGGCAGCAUUAAUAUUCACUUGUAUUGAUUAUAUCAGAGCGUAGGUUUGGAUUAGGGAACAGAUUGAUCCUGAUUAUAUCAGAGCGUAGGUUUGGAUUAGGAAACAGAUUGAUCCUGAUUAUAUCAGAGCGUAGGUUUGGAUUAGGGAACAGAUUGAUCCUGAUUAUAUCAGAGCGUAGGUUUGGAUUAGGGAACAGAUUGAUCCUGAUUAUAUCAGAGCGUAGGUUUGGAUUAGGGAACAGAUUGAUCCUGAUUAUAUCAGAGCGUAGGUUUGGAUUAGGGAACAGAUUGAUCCUGAUUAUAUCAGAGCGUAGGUUUGGAUUAGGGAACAGAUUGAUCCUGAUUAUAUCAGAGCGUAGGUUUGGAUUAGGGAACAGAUUGAUCCUGAUUAUAUCAGAGCGUAGGUUUGGAUUAGGAAACAGAUUGAUCCUGAUUAUAUCAGAGCGUAGGUUUGGAUUAGGGAACAGAUUGAUCCUGAUUAUAUCAGAGCGUAGGUUUGGAUUAGGGAACAGAUUGAUCCUGAGUAUAUCAGAGCGUAGGUUUGGAUUAGGGAACAGAUUGAUCCUGAUUAUAUCAGAGCGUAGGUUUGGAUUAGGGAACAGAUUGAUCCUGAUUAUAUCAGAGCGUAGGUUUGGAUUAGGAAACAGAUUGAUCCUGAUUAUAUCAGAGCGUAGGUUUGGAUUAGGGAACAGAUUGAUCCUGAUUAUAUCAGAGCGUAGGUUUGGAUUAGGAAACAGAUUGAUCCUGAUUAUAUCAGAGCGUAGGUUUGGAUUAGGAAACAGAUUGAUCCUGAUUAUAUCUGAGCGUAGGUUUGGAUUAGGGAACAGAUUGAUCCUGAUUAUAUCAGAGCGUAGGUUUGGAUUAGGGAACAGAUUGAUCCUGGAUCGAGAUUAGAAGGAAAACAGUCAUUCUCUGAAUAAUAGACUUCAGCAGUAGACAAUAUGGAGUCACAUUGACAUCCCUUAUGGAUUAACACAAAACACUGUUUAUGAUUGCUGAGUGUAGGCUACUAUAUAUGUCUGUUGUAAAGUCAAAAGUGAUGAACAUCUGGAGAUUCUGGACCUGAGACUGUCUCUGUCCGUUAUCACGUGGUACUGAACUCCACCUGAGACUGUCUCUGUCCGUUAUCACGUGGUACUGAACUCUACCUGAGACUGUCUCUGUCUGUUAUCACGUGGUACUGAACUCUACCUGAGACUGUCUCUGUCCGUUAUCACGUGGUACUGAACACUACCUGGGACUGUCUCUGUCUGUUAUCACGUGGUACUGAACUCUACCUGGGACUGUCUCUCUCCGUUAUCACGUGGUACUGAACUCCACCUGAGACUGUCUCUGUCUGUUAUCACGUGGUACUGAACUCUACCUGAGACUGUCUCUGUCCGUUAUCACGUGGUACUGAACUCUACCUGAGACUGUCUCUGUCCGUUAUCACAUGGUACUGAACUCUACCUGAGACUGUCUCUGUCCGUUAUCACGUGGUACUGAACUCUACCUGGGACUGUCUCUGUCCGUUAUCACGUGGUACUGAACUCUACCUGGGACUGUCUCUGUCUGUUAUCACGUGGUACUGAACUCUACCUGGGACUGUCUCUGUCUGUUAUCACGUGGUACUGAACUCUACCUGAGACUGUCUCUGUCUGUUAUCACGUGGUACUGAACUCUACCUGAGACUGUCCGUUAUCACGUGGUACUGAACUCUACCUGGGACUGUCUCUGUCCGUUAUCACGUGGUACUGAACUCUACCUGGGACUGUCCCUGUCUGUUAUCACGUGGUACUGAACUCUACCUGGGACUGUCCCUGUCUGUUAUCACGUGGUACUGAACUCUACCUGAGACUGUCUCUGUCCGUUAUCACGUGGUACUGAACUCUACCUGGGACUGUCUCUGUCCGUUAUCACGUGGUACUGAACUCCACCUGAGACUGUCUCUGUCUGUUAUCACGUGGUACUGAACUCUACCUGAGACUGUCUCUGUCCGUUAUCACGUGGUACUGAACUCUACCUGAGACUGUCUCUGUCCGUUAUCACGUGGUACUGAACUCUACCUGAGACUGUCUCUGUCUGUUAUCACGUGGUACUGAACUCUACCUGGGACUGUCUCUGUCUGUUAUCACGUGGUACUGAACUCUACCUGGGACUGUCUCUGUCUGUUAUCACGUGGUACUGAACUCUACCUGAGACUGUCUCUGUCUGUUAUCACGUGGUACUGAACUCUACCUGAGACUGUCCGUUAUCACGUGGUACUGAACUCUACCUGGGACUGUCUCUGUCUGUUAUCACGUGGUACUGAACUCUACCUGAGACUGUCUCUGUACGUUAUCUUGUUGUAUUGAACUCUACCUGAGCAGAGAAGGGCCUGCUGUUGAGAUCACAAGAGCAAAGUGGAUUGGACCAGUGUAUGGCUCUAGCUGACAGCUAGACAGGAUUCAGUUACUGACCUAGUUCAGCCUGCACUAAACCAGCAGGCUGAACAAGGUUAGAGGGAGCUCAGAGCGCAGAGUUCCGAGUGUGUAUAUCACCUGUGAGAGCGAUUAGCCAAUCACGGCCAGGCACACGCUCCCACCGAAGAAACUGUCUCGCUCUUUGAUGUGAAAUGUAAUUAAUGCUGCAAAGCCCCUCUCCUCGCAGUGAGUAUCCCCUGCCGUAAAUGACAGGGGAGGGAGCGGGAGAGAGACAGAGACAGAAAGAGAGACACAGAGAUAACAGGGGAGGGAGCGGGGGAGAGACAGAGACAGAAAGAGAGACACAGAGAUGACAGGGGAGGGAGCGGGAGAGAGACAGAGACAGAGAGAGAGACACAGAGAUGACAGGGGAGGGAGCGGGGGAGAGACAGAGACAGAAAGAGAGACACAGAGAUGACAGGGGAGGGAGCGGGAGAGAGACAGAGACAGAGAGAGAGACACAGAGAUGACAGGGGAGGGAGCGGUAGAGAGACAGAGACAGAGAGAGACACACAGAGAUGACAGGGUUGGGAGCGGGAGAGAGACACAGAGAUGACAGGGGAGGGAGCGGGAGAGAGACACAGAGAUGACAGGGGAGGGAGCGGGAGAGAGACAGAGACAGAGAGAGAGACACAGAGAUGACAGGGGAGAGAGACAGAGACACAAGCAGCUCUACUUUAGUGAUGUCAACCUUCUCAGUUGACCUCUCUUCUGUCUCUCUGUCUCCAUGCACUGAUGACUUCAGAAACCUCUUUUCUCUUUAUCCUCGUGGUUCCUGCCUCACUGAGAGACAUCCCUGGCUGUGUUUCAUAAGUGUGUUGACUUGUUUUCAUAUCUUUUCGGGACCAGAAUCUCCUUUAAGAGUUAGGUUUAGGGUUUGGGGUAGGAGUUAGGUUUAGGGUUUGGGGUAGGAUUUAGGUUUAGGGUUUAGGGUAGGAGUUAGGUUUAGGGUUUAGGGUAGGAGU